AUGUCAAAUCAUGGUUAUCAUGGUACUUCGGCCCUACUGGAGACUACAGCGGAAGCUGAUACUCACAGGCUUGGAAAAGUGUCUAUGCUCACUCCCUCGUUCAGCUCUACCGGAGACUGCCAGAUAGACUGGGUACCUACGGGCUUAUCCAAAGAUGAGCAUACUACGCAACCCAC